AUGUCUGUCCCUCUCCCUCGCCAGCCUGAGUCAGAUCAGCUCUUUUGGUUAGGGACUGCGGAUGGGUUGUACUCAGUUAAAACAGGUUAUGAGUUUCUUCAAGAGGUGGUAGCCCAGGAUUCUCCCUCGUCUUCUCUCUCUCGUGGGCUUGAUCAAACGCUUUGGAAGCGGUUUUGGAAAGCACCCUCUAUGCCCAGGGUUAGGGAGGUAUCUUGGCGUGUGUGUACAGGUGCCCUUCCGGUGCGAACAAAGCUUCGUCAGAGAGGUGUUGAUGUUGAUUCUAGCUGUCCGUUGUGCGGUCUUGAGGAUGAAACGGUGGAUCAUCUGUUUCUUGGUUGCAAUAUUACUAGAGGUUGCUGGUUUGCAAGUCCCAUGGGUGUUCGCGUGGAUCCAGGCUUGAAGAUGGUGGAUUUCUUGACUAUGGUGAUCCGAGACAUGGAUCUCGAGGUGGUGGCUUGCGUGCAACGUUUUUUGUUUGCCAUUUGGGAGGCUAGGAACAAGCACAUUUUUGAGGAAAAGUUGUUUUGCAUUGCGGGGGUGCUGGAUCGUGCAGCUAACUUGGUAAGCCAAUCAACUCUACCUUUCACACUGGCCGCAUCACAGGAGGAGGACAACUUGAAGAGGUGGCGGAGACCGGCGGAGAACGUGGUCAAAGUGAAUGUGGACGCAGCCGUUGGACAGGAUAGGUUUGCGGGUUUUGGUCUUGUUGCUAGAGACCAUGCAGGUGAGGUUCUCGCAGCUGCAGCAAAGUACCCCACAAUGGUGCUUUCUCCUACAGUAGCGGAGGCCCUUAGUUUGCGGUGGGCGAUGGAUUUGGCUAUUCAGCUGGGGUUUAGGAGAGUGCAGUUUGAGACUGAUUGUUUGCUCUUACAACAGGCUUGGAAGAAAGUUUCUGGAAACUCUUAUUUAUUUUCCAUUAUUAAGGAUUGUCAUAAGUUAGUGGUGUUUUUUGAUCAUGUUGAUCUUACCUUUGUGCGUAGGGAAGGAAACUCUUGUGCUGACUACCUUGCUAGGAACGCCUCUUCUUACCCAGACUUUGUUUGGAUUGAGGAGGGGCCUCCGGGGUUGUCUAGUCUUUUAAGGGAUGAUGUAUUGGCAUCUGUGCCGAACUUGCUUUGA